CCAUAACCCAACCACCACCGCUCUCUCUCUCUCUCUCUCUCUUCAAUCUUUUUUACCCAAUCUUCCUUUCGCUCUCUCUCUAUAAAUCUCUCUUAAUCUCGCACGUUUUGUCGAUUCUCCAACGAGCGAGGGUUUUUCUAGGGUUUCCAAACACACCUUACCCUCUCUAUCCAAUUGCGAUUUUGUUUUCUUUGCCUCAAAGAGCCACGUUUUGUGUUCGACUCUUUCUCUUUGGUACCGUUAAUCCAGGGUUCCAAUUUUGAAAAGAAAAAAAAAAGUUACUCUAGGGUUUAUUAAUUCGUUUGGCCUCGUUACGUUUGGUGUUCCAUCCGGGGUUUAGAGGGUAUAUUAGGUUAUUGAUUUCAUUCUUUCCGCUUGUGUUUCGUGGCAUUCGUUUUGAAUGUUGUCGAUCUGGAUCAAUUGCUGAAUUCAUCUUAACGUCGCUUGCGGUUAAUACGUGAAUGGUUAGAUUUGUUUUGCAAUCAAUUUUGAAACCCGAUUCGUAGAUUCCGUGUUAAUUGGUUAGAUAUCUGAUAUAAGCUUUUGACAAUUCUGAAUCGGAAACAUUUGAGUUUGUUUGAUACAUUCAUACUUCUCAAGAUUCUUACCUGGCAUCUCUAUCUGUAUAUAUGAGUUUUGAAUAAGUUUGCAAGUUAUGGGUAUUUAUGAACACCGGGAGUUGAUGCUUUCAGCUCUUGGGGAUUGAGUUUUAUGGCACCUACUUUUCCUGUAGAGUUUGCUGGACAAAGAGUUUCAAAGAAGUUAUCAUCACAAAACAAUUUCACUCAAAUGGGUAAAACAAGGAAAGUUUCUAAAGGCUACUCGCAUGGGUUUGUUCCAAACUACCGCCAUGCAGUUGACACCAUGGCCAACUCUGAAGGAUUUGGUAGCUCAGGGCGUCUUGACACUGAAAUGACCGCUUCAGAAGAUUCUUGUGCCCCAAACAGGAAGUCUCUUAACUUGAAUCCUGAUUCUUCCCAACACUUUGGUGUUCCAAUUCAAGUGUUGUCUUUAUCAAAGCUGUCAAGUGUUGAGAGGAAAGAAUUAGGAUUGAGAUUGAAACAUGAGCUUGAACAAGUUAGAACAUUACAGAAAAACAUUGGAAUGGUGAGCGCAAACUCAAAUGUAGGUGUUUUGUCACCAUCUGAUGUUCAUAGUUGUAGUGCUGGACAAAGGAGACCCAUUCCUGAAUAUUCUAGAUCUAUGUCCCUACCGAUGCCCAAGAGAAAAGGUCCACCUGGCCGGAGUGGUGGGUCCCGGUCAAAGAAGAGUGGAUCAGCCCGUGUGGAAUCUACAAAGAAGGCAUUACCUCCAACUUCUGGGACUGGGAAUGCCAUGUUGAUGAAGCAAUGUGAGGCACUAUUGACUCGGUUAAUGGGGCAUAAUUUUGGUUGGGUGUUUAAUACUCCUGUUGAUGUAGUAGCUCUAAAGAUUCCAGACUAUUACACUGUUAUUCAGCAUCCAAUGGAUUUGGGGACAGUGAAAACAAAGUUAAUGUCAGGCAGAUAUAUGGAUCCAUGGGCAUUUGCAGGUGAUGUUAGGCUGACUUUUUCAAAUGCAAUGACAUACAAUCCACGUGGGAAUGAUGUGCAUAUAAUGGCUGAAACAUUGAGCAAGUAUUUUGAAGUCAGAUGGAAACCAAUCGAGAAGAAGCUGUCAGUUGCCACAGAGGCAGUGGUUCCUAUGAGACAGAAUGUUGUAGAACCUGAAACUGAAACUCCUGUUUCCAUGCCCCCCUACAAGAAAAAGAAGACGACAUCUUUUGGUAAUGAAACAAAGCAAGAAGCUGUUAAGAGGACAAUGUCAGAUGCUGAAAAGCGUAAACUUAGCAUUGAAUUGGAGUCUUCAAUAUCGGAUUUACCUGAAAGAAUUAUUGAUUUCCUUAAAGAGAGCAGUUCACAUGGGAAUGCCACAGUGGAGGAUGAAAUUGAGAUUGAUAUUGAUACCCUUAGUGAUGAUACUCUAUUCAAAUUGAGGAAGCUUUUGGAUGAUCAUUUCUUGGAGAAACAGAAAAACAUGGUUAAAGCUGAAACUUGUGAAAUUGAGCUUCACAAUGAGUCAGGGUUCAGCAACUCAUCUAUGCAAGCAUGCAAAGUUUCAGCUAAUGAAGGUAAUGAAGAGGAUGUGGACAUUGGUGGAGAUGAGAUACCUAUUUCAAGCUUCCCUCCAGUAGAGAUAGAGAGAGACACAGCUGUGAGGAACAGCAAAAGCAGUAGUUCAAGUAGCUCCAGUAGUGGCUCCGGAUCAGCAUCUAGUGAAUCAGAUUCAGGGAGUUCUUCAGGCAGUGAAUCAGAUGAUGCAAAGGCUCCGACCAUUGUCAACAAUGCUAAGGACACAAUGACAAUGGGCAGUGAAGUUAAUAAUACGGAGCAAAUACCUGUUCCUGAUGAUGCAAAAGAUUGUGUAGAUGGGGAGCAAAAGUGUGAUGCGGGUGAAAGUGAAGGGCAUCAAGAGGGGGAGAGUGAUGCUCCUGCUUCUGCUGCAUCAGAGAAAGAGAAAGAGAGAGAGAGGCAAGUCUCUCCUGAUAAGCUAUACCGUGCAGCACUACUGAGAAGCCGUUUUGCUGACACCAUACUCAAAGCCCAAGAAAAAACCACCGGAAAGGUUGAGGAGCAGGAUAGGGAGAGGUUGAGGCUUGAGAAGGAGGAAGUAGAAAAGAGAAGAAAACAAGAAAAAGCUCGAUUGGAAGCAGAAGCAAAGGCUGCAGAGGAGGCGCAGAGAAAUGCUGAAUUAGAAGCCAAAAGGAAGAGGGAACUUGAAAGGGAAGCCGCACGUCAGGCCAUACAGAAGAUGGAAAAGAUGGUUGAUAUAAAUGACAAUUCUGGGUUUCUGGAUGAUUUGGAAAUGCUAAGUGUAGCACCUGCACAGCCUUUAGAAAGCUUGAUAGACGAAACUAGUGCAGAUUGUGGUCUUGGUCUGGUGGACCCGAGCCCUCUUCCUUUAGGUUUAGGAGGAGGAGGAGGAGGGAGUGGUAGUGCCUUCAACUUUGAUGGAAAACGUAAUCCAUUAGAGCAGCUUGGUUUAUACAUGAAAGAUGAUGAUGAAGACGAAGAGGAAGAUGAUGAACUUGCUCCACCUACACAAGUAGAUGAUCCAGAGGAAGGAGAGAUUGACUGACUUUGACACUUUCUUCAUUCAUACAGCCAGACAGAGGAUAAGAUAGAUUUUUCUUUCAAAGAGGAUGGAUGUGAGUUUUUAUUUUUGCCAUGGAAACAAAGCAAAGUGCAUAUAUAUAUAUAUAAUGAUAACGGAUUGGACUGUAUUUCUUUUGGCGUUGGUUUAUUGGAAUUCUUUCUUUGUAGCAA